AUAGGUCUAUGCACGGCUGUUAAUCUACGUACAACGGAAUGUGUACGAUAGCGCCAUGUUGCUUUUAGAUGAUACUGACAACUUGCCGCGCUCUGAUUGGCCGAUCGUCGCCUAAACGUCAGUUGUCAGUGGUUGUCGCCCAUGUUUGUUGAAAACUUUGAACAGUUUAAAUUAUUUUCAAUUGCAAUAAAGUGUUGAUCGAGUGAAGUUCUUGUACUUAUCCUCUCCGCUUUAUUUGUGAUUCAUCCAUCACCCAGUUCUGCAAGCAUUUAUGCAUUGUGCAAAAUGUAUUAUCAGUGCUGUGUGUGUAAAACUCUGCGAAAGGACGCUUUUACUUUGUACCGUUUUCCUAGUACUGAGAAAAGACUCAUUAUGUGGUUGAAGUGUUUGGAAACAAAUGGUUUUGGAAAUAUGUCGCCGGAGCAAGUUCGAAAAGCUUUUAUUUGUGAGAAACACUUCGAACAGCGGUUUGUUUCGGCAUCGACACGGCGUCUCAACGCGAAGGCUUAUCCUUCGUUAUUCAGUCAAGAUGAGAUUAACAGUGGGAUCCCAUCUCAUGAAAAUGCCGAAAACAUGGAUCCGCUGAAAGAACAUGCAUAUGUUCGUAAAUCACAUGACGACCACACAUACUGUCAACAAGUGCCUCAAAAAGCGUCUCCUGCCAUUCCAUCCACAUCGGGGGUUAAAUCAACCGCAGUGGGCCAUACACCAAAACAGACUAUGGCCGUUUCUAUAGCCACAGAACCUGUCCCGACAACUUCAGACAUUGAAAAGGAGACCAUGCCCGAACUAUGCAGCAGCUUUAUUACAGAACUUGUUGUAGCUGAGAAGGUUACAGCUUGUAUUUCACCUAGUGUACAGUCACACAAUGAAGCAGUCUUUGUAACAACUGCUGAAGCUGCAAUCAAACAAUCAAAUGCUGAAGAGCAGCAGAUUUUGCCAGAAGCAAAUAUUCCAGAAUGUGUUGCGGUUGAGGAGGUUACCUCUACCAAUUCACCAAGGGAACAGUCUCAAGUUCAAAGUGUUGUUGAAGUUAAAGUUCAAAGUGCGAAAAGGCCACAGAAGCAGAGGAAACGAUUGAUUGGGAAAUUAAUGAACCUGACACCAACGGGCCGAAUGAUAUACGACGAAUAUAAAAAAUCUAAACGUCAGGCAGAUUUUUACCACAGGGCUAAGAGGGCCUUGAAAUUCAACAAAGAGAAAUCCUUUCAAGAAUUGACAAAAGACAUGAAUCCGUAUGCGAAAACUAUUUUGAAAAUGCAAAUCAACCUUUGCAAUAAAAAUAAGAAAGGGCGUCGAUUUUCAUUGGAAGAAAAACUAAUAGCACUGUCGAUAAUGAAACAAAGCCCUAAGUGCUAUAGGUUCCUGCACAAAAUUUUUAUCCUGCCGUCGCGAUCGACUCUAAAUAAAAUGGUUGCAGGACUUAAGAUCGAGUCUGGGAUUUGUCCUCAAGUAUUUGAAGUAAUAAGAAGAGAGGUAUGUAUCUACGUCAUAAAAUCUUAGGAUCUACAUUAAGUAAUUGAUAACUGAGUUAAACAAUAUCAUGAAAUCAUAAUUUUUAAUAAAAAAUACAUU